AGUGCCAGUGUGGCAGUAGGUCGGCCGGGAACGCCGCGACCGCACGCCCGGCCGCUCUCGCAUGUCGCUCUGACCCACGAUUAGAACAUGUACCGCUUCAGUUAAAAGUAACACCUAGCGUUAGUGUACAAUUGCAUAAUAGAAAUGUGAACAAAGCCAUUACACAAUACUGAGUGUUAAAGCACAAUUCUCUUGCAGGCAGCAAUCACUCUGGCAUUCUAAAUUUGGUUUUUGUGUACAUAAAAUAGAUGAUUCAAACUUAAUUUUCCUUAUUUUACGAUAAAGAAAAUGUCGCGGAGAAGACUGCUGGCAGGCGGGUGCGCCGGCGUCGCAGGCGCUGCCCUGACGGUGUGGGCACUGGCUGCGGACGAGUCGCCAGUCGCAUGGUACAAAGCUCCCACGGUGUCCGCGAAGACCGAGCGCAAGAAGCGGCCGCUGCCCAGCCGCGCCGAGCAGGUGGCCAGCCUGCAGGCCGGACACGUGUACGACGUGCUGAUCGUGGGCGGCGGCGCCACCGGCGUCGGCUGCGCGCUCGACGCCACCACCAGAGGUCUCCGCACGGCGCUGGUGGAGGCCGACGACUUCGCCAGCGGCACGUCCAGCAGGAGCACGAAGCUGAUCCACGGGGGCGUGCGCUACCUGCAGAAAGCCAUCAUGCAGCUCGACUACGAGCAGUACAAAAUGGUCAAGGAAGCGCUGCACGAAAGAGCCAAUAUGCUGGAAGUCGCCCCGCAUCUGACCAGGCCUCUACCUAUUCUGCUACCCGUGUACAAAUGGUGGCAAGUGCCCUACUUCUGGUUCGGCAUCAAGAUGUACGACUUCGUGGCCGGCGACAGGAACGUGAAGAGCUCCUACUACCUGUCGAAGAAGAACACGCUCGAGCUGUUUCCCAUGCUGAAGUCGGACAACCUGUGCGGCGGCAUCGUGUACUACGACGGGCAGCAGGACGACGCGCGCAUGAACCUGGCCAUCGCGCUGACGGCGGCGCGCCACGGCGCCACCGUCGCCAACCACGUGGCCGUGCUCAAGCUGUACAAGACGGCCGGCCGGCUCAGCGGCGCGCGGGUCAAGGACGAGCUCACGGGCAAGGAGUGGGACGUGCAGGCCAAGUGCAUCAUCAACGCGACGGGGCCCUUCACCGACACCCUGCGCAAGAUGGACGACCCCUCCUGCCGGGAGAUCUGCUGCCCCUCCUCGGGCGUGCACAUCGUGCUGCCCGGCUAUUACAGCCCCGAGCACAUGGGGCUGCUGGACCCCGCCACGUCCGACGGGCGCGUGAUCUUCUUCCUGCCGUGGCUAAAGGGCACCAUCGCCGGCACCACCGACCUGCCGUGCCAGGUGACGCACCACCCGCGGCCCACCGAGGACGAGAUCCAGUUCAUCCUGACCGAGGUGAAGAACUACCUGAACCCCGACGUGGAGGUGCGGCGCGGCGACGUGCUGUCGGCGUGGUCGGGCAUCCGGCCGCUGGUGUCGGACCCCAACAAGGCCGACACGCAGUCGCUGGCGCGCAACCACGUGGUGCACGUGUCGCCCGCCGGCCUCGUCACCAUCGCCGGCGGCAAGUGGACCACGUACCGCGCCAUGGCCGCCGAGGCCGUGGACGCCGCCGUGCAGAGCGCCGGCCUGCAGCCGCUGCACCGCGACUGCCAGACGGACGGCUUCCUCAUCGAGGGCGCGCACGGCUGGACGCCCACCAUGUACAUCCGCCUGGUGCAGGACUUCGGCCUCGAGAUGGAGGUGGCGCAGCACCUGGCCAAGUCGUACGGGGACCGCGCGUUCGCCGUGGCCAAGAUGGCCGCCAUGACCGGUAAGCGCUGGCCCAUCAUCGGCAAGAAGAUGCACCCCGAGUUCCCGUACAUCGACGCGGAGAUCAGGUACGGCGUGCGUGAGUACGCCUGCACGGCCGUGGACAUGAUCGCGCGGCGCCUGCGGCUGGCCUUCCUCAACGUGCAGGCGGCGGCCGAGGCGCUGCCCGCCAUCGCCGACAUCAUGGCCGAGGAGCUGCGCUGGAGCGACGCCGAGAAGAAGAGGCAGAUCAAGGCGGCCGGCGACUUCCUGGCCAACGAGAUGGGCCAGAUGGUCAACCGCGCCAGCCGCGACAAGAUCCCCAUCAACCUCAGCAAGGACGAGAUCCAGACGUACAUCAAGCGGUUCCAGAUCAUCGACGUCGACCGCAAGGGCUUCGUCUCCAUCAACGACAUCCGGAGGAGUCUCAAGAGCAUGGGUUUGAAGCCGAGCAAUGAGGAAAUUAGUGCAAUUCUCUCCGAGAUAGACGUCACGUAUAACGGACAGAUGGAGAUACAAGAUUAUUUGCAGAUGAUGUCCGCGGUGAAGUCGGGCCACGUGGCUUAUUCGCGGUUCGCGCGUAUGGCUGAGAUGGAAGAGGAACACCACGAACAGGAGAAGCUCAAGAAGAAAAUCUCCGUCGAGAGGAGCGGAGGCGGCUUGUAGAUCAAAUAAUACGAGCCGGAACAUCGCAGCAACUUAGACUUAAGAGAAAUUUGAUUAUUGUAAUCCUUUUUCAUUUAUGUAAUUACAAUGAAAAUAUUGGAUUUACAUUAACGUAACUUAAAUAAGUAGUGCACAUCAAACGUACGUUUUCUUUGUUUCGAAUGUACUUUUAACAACAUAUCUAAAUAUAGUAAGUAGCCAUGAAUACUUUUUAAGUGAAUCAC